CUAAAACUGAGGCAAAAACGAUAAAAGAAUGAGGCUUCAAGCUACAGAGUAAAAGUAGAAGCGUAUGUAAGCGAUUAUCUAGAAGUGUAGCGGAAUUUUUUUGUCUUGCGUGUUUUCCAGCUCGUGAACUUUACACUCCUGCUGACCCACUAAUAGGCCUUAAUGAGGCUCUUAUGAGACAUUCAGUUUAAAAACGCAAGCACUUCUGGUUCUGUACCAUUAUCUUGUUUAACUCCAGCAAAACAAAGCGUCAACCCUGGCUGGUGCAAACAAAAACCGCUAGACUGCUCUGUUUUAUCUUAAGAUGCCGGGUGCCUCUUGUGAUUGUUGAUAUUGAAGGAAUAAAAUCAAGGAUUGUCUAUCUAUUUCCAAAAUAUCGUCACUGUGUCAUGCAGUUAAUGUUUGUGUCAAUAAUCACUUGAGAGAACUACUCACUUGUAAUAACCAAAGGGAUAAUCAAGGACUUGGCUGAUGAGAUAGCCUUGGGCAGCCAUGAUGUUUACAAUCUGCUCUAGUGGAGUUCAAGUUUUCUUGCUCCUCGCUCAUCUUGCAAUCUCCGGCGCGUCAUGGGACGGAAACACAAAGCAAGAGGGCCUGGUAAAAUAUAGCAAGGAAUUCAAGAUAGUUAUCCCCUCAGUGCUCGAUAGGGACGGUAAAUUUAUCUCGCACGUGGAUUACAAAUCAAAACAAAAUGACUCAAGCACUGAACAGCGCAGCGGUGAGAGCGAGGGCAGACUUCUGCUCUUAGAGGUACCGACAUUCGACGGGAAAAAGCUGCGUCUUGUUCUCACCAAGAAUACGAACUUUACAGCGCCUGGACUGAUAAUCGAGAAAGGCGGUCAAGUUAGGCGACACAAGCCUGGCUGUCAUUACACAGGGCACAUUGAAGAUCAGCCGAAUUCUCUGGUAACCCUCAGCUAUUGCCAAGGCUUGAGAGGUUUCAUUCAGACUGAAGACGGAGUUCAUUAUCUCAUUGAACCUCUUCAAGACCGUAACGCCACACGCGCCAGCAAACAACACUUACAUAUUGUGCACAAGAGGUCAGCGGUUGAUGGCUCUCUGCUGCCAUGGAAACAACAGGACCAUUUAUGUUCAGAUCAAGAGCCGAUAACCCUGAAUCGCCGACUCCGUUCGCCAUUCCUCGAGAUGAGAAGCCGACAGCAUGGCCGUGAAAGACGGUCAGUAAGCACAGAGAAAAACGUGGAGAUGCUCAUGGUAGCUGAUAAGACAAUGCAUGCGUUUUAUAAGGACGGGUUAGAAGAGUAUCUUCUCACUAUAGCGAACAUGGUGAGCAACAUAUUUCGUAACCCAAGUAUUGGAACCGCGAUCAACAUUGUGCUCGUGCGGGUCGUGAUUCUGAAGGAAAACCCGAGUGCCUUGAAAGUCACCCAUCACGCAGGACAUACACUGAAGCACUUCUGUCGCUGGGCUUCACUUAUAAAUCCUAAAUCAGAAGAACAUGCAAAUCACCACGACAUCGCAGUUUUAGUAACCAGACAUGAUAUCUGCAAAGGAAUCAACGAACCUUGUGAAACAUUAGGUCUUUCACAAGUGAAUGGUCUUUGCACCAAAGAUAAAAGCUGUAACGUGAAUGAAGACAAUGGAUUGACACUGGCUUACACCAUUGCCCACGAAAUAGGACACAACUUUGGGAUGCUUCAUGACGGAAAUGAUAAUGACUGUAAGUGGAGUCCAGAUAAACCCUUUCUAAUGUCUCCGCAGCUGGAAGCUUCAGGUCGGCAACAGCUUUGGUCCUCUUGCAGCAGAAAUUAUCUUAGACGCUUCUUGAAUAAAGGCUGGGGGCACUGCCUGGAUGAUGAGCCUGCAAAGCAUGACUUUGAAUUCCCCACAAUGCUCCCAGGGGUGAUCUAUGACGCUGACCACCAGUGUCGUCUGCAGUACGGUCUAGACUCUUCCCACUGCACAGGCAUGACGGAUAUCUGUAAUCGACUGUGGUGCCGAGUCGGUAAGGCUUGUCAUUCAAAACUGGAGCCAGCGGCUGAUGGAACAAAAUGCGGUGACAACAAGUGGUGUUACAAAGGCAGCUGCAUUGAGAGAGGGGAGAUACCAGAGAGUGUGGAUGGAGGCUGGGGACCCUGGAGAAAUUACAGUGAAUGUUCAAGAACCUGUGGUGCAGGAGUCUCCUUUACGGAGAGGCAUUGCGAUAGUCCCAGACCUGCUAAUGGAGGAAAGUAUUGCAUCGGGGAGUGGAAAAAGUAUAUACUUUGCAACACACAGCCGUGCACUCCUGGCAGUAUGAGUUUUCGCGAGUUGCAAUGUUCACAGUUUGACAAUAAACGCGUAAAUAACAGACGAUGGAAUUGGAAACCACGUUAUUCAAAAGUCUCUCCUUGUGAGUUGCACUGUACACCCAAAGGUCUGUUUGGUUUGUACUUUUCCAAGAAGUUGGCUGAUCAAGUUCGUGACGGAACACCCUGCUUUCCAGGAAAGUGUGACGUGUGUAUCAAUGGCAAAUGCGAGCAUGUUGGUUGUGAUAAUGUUCUCCAUUCAAGUGCUAAAGAGGACAAAUGCGGUGUUUGUCGCGGUGAUGGAACAGCAUGUGAGACGGUCAAGUCAACUUUUAACCAGAGAACUGGAAUAGGAUACGUCGAAACGAAAAUCAUUCCAGCAGGUGCCAGAAAUAUCCGCGUUGAAGAAGUGGCUGGCGCUUCAAACUACUUAGCCCUGCGGUCGUCCAGUGGUAAAUGGUACCUGAAUGGCGAUUGGUAUAUUCAACAGAGUGGCGAAUACUCUGCCGGGGGUACCAUGGUAUUCUACAAAAGGACACACAACAGGGAAAGUUUUCAAGCCCUGGGACCGACUACUGUUGACCUUCAUAUUAUGCUCCUCUUCCAAACCAAAAAUCCAGGCAUUAAGUUUGAAUACACGAUUCCCAAGAACCAGACAGUAACCCACACAAUCGUGUUCAAGUGGAGGUACAGUGCUUGGACGUCAUGUUCAGCUACUUGUGGCGUUGGCACCACUCGCUCUGAAGUGGAAUGUGUGGAAGAGAGUGGUACACCAGUGGAUGAUAAAUACUGCAAACCCAUACCAAGACCAGAUGACAGGCAGAAAACCUGCAAUGAAGAUCUUUGUCCCCCCACAUGGUGGAAAGGAUCAUGGCAAAAAUGUUCCAAAAGUUGUGGGAAAGGGAUUUCUAUUCGCUCAGUGCUCUGUGUAAGAAGUUCUGGAAAUGAUGAACAAAUGGCUUUGAAAGAUGAGGAUUGUGCAAAGAUUAGAGAGAAGCCGGCUGUCGUUAAAACAUGUUUUAGGAAAUCUUGCCCCUCGGCAUGGACUGUGGGAGAGUGGACCAAGUGUUCAGUGUCCUGUGGCCAGGGAAUCAGGAAACGUAACGUGACCUGUGAAGUAGCAGACCCCACAGAAAAGUGCGAUAGUAGAGCUGUACCUAUUUCCUGGGCUUACUGUAGUGAAGGAAUUUGUCCCGUCAUAACCCUCCCUCCAAAAACUACGGCCAACAACAUUUUUCUUGUAAAUCUUCGGGGAGAAGACGUCAGAGACGCAGGGAAAAAUUCAAGCUUGAAAAAAUACUGCAAUGGCCAGGACUGCCUUAAAUGGUCAGUGGGUCCCUGGAGUAAGUGUUCGGUGACUUGUGGUAAAGGGAAUCAAGUUCGGCGCGUUCAUUGCGCAGAAUCAAAUCUACUGUGCAGCAAAGAGCUGAAACCACCACACGUUAGAAAAUGUACGAUGGAAGAUUGUGCUAAAUGGCAGACUGGGCCGUGGUCCAAGUGUUCAACGUCGUGCGGAAGUGGAACACGAAAGCGCAGUGUGAGAUGUAAGACUGUGGAAAAAGGUAUAGUUUUGAGACACUGUUCCAUGGCCGAUAAACCAAAAGUCCAAGAGAAAUGUUAUGUGAAGGACUGUCCCAACAAAAGAACUGUAGAGAAUCGUACUCAAACAAAAUCAAACUGUUCGGAAAGUGCCAGGGAUACGUAUUUUUGCAAGUUGGUUGUUUUGCACAAAUUUUGUCAGUUUAAACACUGGAAAGACAGAUGUUGUAGGACCUGUCAAGACCCAAGAUCCUGACAAAAAUGAUGGCGGAUUUUUAACAAUUCAAUGCGCAACCAGCGAAACUGGUCACAAUCAAGCUACACUUGAAAUGUACGACAACGAAUGGUCAUCGGAAACCGUCGGAUAUUAAAUCGAGACAAUCCGUUUUAACGACGAAGAAUAUUUAGGAAAAAUUGAGCUUCGUGCAAGCCUGGCAUAAAGGACAAAGAGAUAAAACGCUUGCAAGAAGUAAAUCAAGUAAUUUAAAUUAUUAGCUGACAGUUUUAAAGCAUCAAAAUUGAUUUCAAAGAAAUUGAUAUAUUAAGAAUGCGAAAUCCAAACUCUCCUCCAUGGUCCAUGGAGGGAAGCGGGAUUUAAUUGCCAAUCAGCGUUUCGUUAUUUUUUUAAAGACUUAAUCUCCUUGGAAUGCUUUUAAAUAGUUUAAUGCUCAACGGCCGAAAUAGGCCAGGCAAAAUAAUUAAUAGAGACGGUAUGGAAGCCAUCCUUUCCAUUAAUUGUGAUAACGAAGACUUAAACUCUGAGUUAUUACAUUAAGCGCGAACAGACCAUGGUCGUAAUUAGCUAUUGAAGGACAGAAACAAUGUUUUUUUUGAUGGAAAUAUUUAUAAAGUUGCCUCUGGCCAUAGAGAGUUCUAUUUUAAGAACAAAUAAAGCAAGAAAAGAAAACAAAUGCGAAA